AUGGAAAAGGAAAUCAAUCGACUUGCUCGAAAUCGCAGCACCAAGUUUUCCUCUUCUGCCAUCGACGCUCCUUUCCAUAUCGGCCUCACGGGCUCUGUGGGUGCUCACCUGGUGAGUCCUCGUCAGCUCCACACCGAGCUGUUCACGAAGCUGGUUUGCGUCGAAGGCAUUGUGACCAAGACCUCUCUGGUGCGUCCCAAAAUUCUCCGCAGUAUCCACUACUGCCCUGAAGGCCGUAUCAAAUACUACUACAAGGACUACGUGGACAUGCUCUCCGCUACCGACAACAUCGCUCCUACCAGCAGCGUGAUUCCUCUCACCAACAACGAGCAACAAACGCUCGAGUUUGAAUUCGGCUACUCCAAAUACGUCAAUUUCCAGACCAUCACCAUCCAGGAAAUGCCCGAGCGCGCUCCCUUCGGCCAGUUGCCCCGGUCAAUCGACGUGGCGCUGAGCUACGAUUUGGUGGACCGUCUGAAGCCGGGCGACCGCGUGCGCGUGUUCGGCGUGUACAAGCCCAUCGCUCCCACGGCGUCCUCGCUGUCGGGGAGCUUCCGGUCGAUCGUGGACGCGAACAACGUGCAGCUGCUGAGCGGGUCGAUCGACGCGUACAACUUCACGGCGUCGGACAUCGGCCUGCUGCGCAAGUUCUCGCGCAACCCCGCGCUGUUCGACAUCCUCGCGGGCUCCAUCGCGCCGUCCAUCCGCGGGCUGGAGCCGGUGAAGCGUGCUCUGCUGCUGCAGAUGCUGGGCGGCAAAGAGCAGUCGCUGGCGAACGGCAUCCACCUCCGAGGCGACAUCAACAUCCUCUUGGUGGGCGAUCCUUCCUGCGGAAAGUCGCAGUUGCUGCGGUUUGUGCUCAACACCGUGCCGCUGGCUAUCAACACGACCGGACGCGGCAGCUCGGGCGUGGGCCUCACUGCGGCCGUGGUGAAGGAUCAAGAGACGGGCGAGCGCCGGCUGGAGGCGGGAGCGAUGGUGCUGGCGGACGGCGGCGUGGUGUGCAUCGACGAGUUCGAUAAGAUGAGCGAGACGGAUCGCGUAGCGAUCCAUGAAGUGAUGGAGCAGCAGACCGUCACGAUCGCGAAGGCGGGCAUUCAUUGCUCGCUCAAUGCGCGCUGCAGCGUGCUGGCGGCCGCCAAUCCCGUCUAUGGGCAGUACGAUACCAGCAAGCGGCCGCAGGAAAACGUGGGCCUGCCCGACUCGCUGCUGUCGCGAUUCGAUCUGCUGUUUAUCGUGCGCGACGAAAUGGACGCGCAGGUCGAUCGGUCGAUCGCCAGCCACGUGCUGCAGAUGCACCGAUACGUGCGGCCUGGGCGUGAAAACGUGCCCGAAACGGGGCAGGGCGAUGCGGAAGAGGAGGAGGAGCACGUCCCCGACCUCAAGGAGCAGUACGUGAAGAACUUCCGAGGCUCGUCGUCGAGCGAGUUGCCGGUGCUGACGACGGAUUUCUUCCGCGCGUACGUGCGAUUCGCGCGCACACGCGACCCAAUUUUGACGGACGACGCGAUCAAACUGCUGGUGGAUAGCUACACGGAGCUGAGGCAGAAGGCGGACAACAAGACGCUGCCGGUGACGGCGCGAAUGCUGGAGACGCUGAUCCGAUUGAGCACGGCGCACGCGAAGAUGCGAUUGAGCCAGAAAGUGGAGCGGAAGGACUGCGAGGAGGCGCUGCGGCUGGUGGAGUUCGCGCUGUUUAACGACGCGGAGGUGAUAAAGAAGAAGCCGCGGAAGAAGCAGACAGAGGAUAAGGAAGUGGUGUGUAGGCGAGGAGAGAAGAGAUGAAGGAUAGUUAGCGAUGAAGAGCAGGGCGAGAGCGAAGCCAAGAAAGUGGAGACGAAUGAGAAUGAGAAUGAGAAUGGAAAUGAGAAUGAGAAUGAGGGUAGAAUGGAGGAAGAAAACGUGGAGGAUGAGGUGGAAGUGAGCGAUGAGAAAUUCGGAGCGUUCCGAAGCGCGUUGAGCAAACUUUACAUCUCGCGUAGAGUCGAUUCGAUGACUCUGCAGGAGAUUCUGGAAAUCGCACCGUCGUUGCAGUUGGGAGAGAAGGAAGUAAAGAAAUGUCUGGAGAAGAUGAUCGACAACAACCAGAUCAUGGAAAGCGAGGGAGCGUACUAUCGCAUCUAAUCUAUCAUAGAAUGGGA